GCGCACCCUGAUUGGCUGUCCGGCCUCCCACGAGGGGUUGCAAUGUAAAAGAUUUGCGAAAGGGUUUAUUGUUUCUCUGCUUUCGGGAGCCGAAAUUAUUUUUGCUGUAUCUUCUCACUUCUGCGAUCAAAUAACGAGGCGGAAAAAUGGCUGGUGGCAAGGCAGGAAAAGACAGCGGCAAAGCCAAGGCGAAAGCGGUGUCGCGCUCCCAGAGGGCUGGGCUGCAGUUCCCGGUGGGUCGUAUCCACAGGCACUUGAAGACCCGCACAACCAGCCACGGCCGCGUAGGAGCCACAGCGGCUGUGUACAGCGCUGCCAUCCUCGAGUACCUCACGGCUGAAGUACUAGAGUUGGCGGGAAAUGCCUCCAAAGACUUGAAGGUGAAACGUAUCACUCCCCGUCACUUGCAGUUGGCCAUUCGUGGUGAUGAGGAGUUGGACUCUCUUAUCAAGGCGACAAUUGCUGGUGGAGGUGUAAUUCCCCACAUCCACAAAUCCCUCAUUGGGAAGAAGGGCCAGCAGAAGACUGCAUAGACACCACGUUGACCAGAAAUUUUGGGGCUUGGGCUUUGAUCGGACCAGGAGUUCACAUUUGUUCUUUUUUUUUUUUUUAUUAUUAUUAAUAUUAUAGCAAACGAAGUGUGAUUGCUAGACUUUGUGUUGUUACAUUUUCCCAUAGCUAGAAAAAUCGUGCAGAAAACCCCCUUAACGACAGAAAAUCCUUUGUAUGCUCUUGUAGAACGUUUGACUGGGGAGUUCAUGAUUAUUUGAAAUGUUGGCAGUGAAUUUGUUUGAUUGGCCUGGUUCUCUGUAAUGUUUUAUACUAUAAAAAAAGAAAAUUGUUAAACCAUUUUUAUAUAUAAAAAAAAAAAUAUCUCGUUUUGUGGUUAUUUUCUUGAAUUUGCAAUUUAUACUACAACCAGUUUUUAAGGAAAUGAUUUUUUUGGACAGUGACUUUAACAGCAGCUAUAUGUAAGAUGGUGCUUCUUUCCUUUUACUGUAAUAUUCUGAACUGCACAAAGACAGUGAUGUAUUAAAAGUUAAUGUUUUUCUUUUUUUUUUUUUUCUUUUUUACAUCAAAAUGAAAUAUUGAAAACAACCUAUUGUAAGGGUCUGCUACAGUGUUUUGUGCCAGUGUUUACAGCAGCUGAAGAAAAUGUGUUAAAACUUGAAAUUACAUUAUUGGCAGUGUGAUCAGGUGACGCUGAUCUUGCAGUUUAUUGCUUCAUUGUGGAACAAAUGUGUUGCCAUUUGUUAAACUACAUAUCGCUGUGGAUGGUUACCUUCAUACCGCACCAGUGCUAAAAAAAAAAACAACAACAAAAAAAAACAAUUACAUGCAAUACUUAUUUGUAUAGGCAAACUGAAACGUCCCCGUCCCUAAACGUCCUAAAAAGUUAGAGCCUUUUUAAGAACAAUGUGUUCAGGGAAAUGAUUUUUAUCUUUGAAUAAAUACCCUUGGCAUGUUG